AAAAAAAAGGGAAAACAACAAGAUUCUCUGCAGUACUUUGGAAAUAAUAUGACAAAGUUUGAUUAAUUUCUUGGAUAUGAGUUAUUGAAAAAAGGAGUCCCUACCAUGUGAUGGCGUUGAAUUAGCAUCAUAUCUCUAUUAUAUAUAUCAUCCAUUUCACUAGCAGAGCUCUUCAAUAUUGAAUCAAAAAAAUUAAUCAACAAAGAACAAAAAUCAGAUGACAGAAAUCACUGCAAUUGUCCACAACUGCUUGGAAGAUGAACGUGUAAAAGAAUACAAGGAAUUCUUUGAAACCAAGGCUGGGGUGAAAGGGCUUGUAGAUGCCGGAGUAGUUAAGGUUCCCAGAAUAUUUAUCCAUCCACCAGAGAAUCUACCAAAACCAUCAUCAGAAGACAGUUGCUGUAUUGGCCUCCAGGUUCCUAUAAUUGAUUUCCAUGGCCUAGAAAAUGGACAGCGAGGGGAGAUCAUCGACAAGAUACGCCAAGCAGCAGAGACCUGGGGCUUUUUCCAAGUUGUUAACCAUGGGAUUCCAGGUUCCUUAAUGGAUGAUCUGUUGAUUGACGUGCGCCAGUUUCAUGAGCAACCUUUGGAGGUGCGGAAGGAAUGGUACUCACAUGAUGAAACAAAGAAGGUAAGGUACUAUAGCAAUGGAUUUUACAAUCCAUCCAUGGCAGCCCACUGGAAGGACGGUUUAUCUUGUCUUGGAGCUCAACAGCUUGAGGAAGAACAGAUUCCUGAAGUUUGCAGAAAAAGUAUCAGUGAGUAUGUAAAACAUGUAAUUCAACUAAAGGAAACCAUAUCUGAAUUACUCUCAGAGGCUUUGGGGCUUAGCAGUGAUUGCUUCGCGAGAGCUGGGUAUAUGAAAAGUGUUUCACUCGCAUGCAACUAUUACCCAACUUGCCCUGAACCCGAGUUGACUUUAGGCAUAGCAAGCCAUUCAGACCCAGAUUUUCUGACUCUGCUGCUACAAGAUGAUAUUGGUGGCCUCCAAAUUCUUCACCAAAACAAGUGGGUGGAUGUUCCUCCUGUUCAUGGAGCUGUAAUUGCAAACCUGGGGGACUUCAUGCAGCUGAUCACGAACGACAAGUUCAAAAGUGUUGCGCACAGGGUGGUGGCUAAACGGGGUAGUUCCAGGGUAUCAGUUUCAUCAUUCUUUCAACCAGCUUUUUCUGAUAAACUGAAACCAUAUGGACCAAUGAAGGAGCUUGUAUCUGAAGACAACCCACCUUUGUAUAGGGCAAUUGGUGUUGCUGAAUAUGUUGCCUAUUUCAGGUUAAAAGGACUUGAUCCUUCCACAUUUUAG